AACUUAUAGCCCAGUAUGAUUCCGGUAAGGACGAACAGGCUGCGCUAGUCACCCUUAAUAAGACGUGUAUCAUCUAACGUCGAUUUGAAAACAUUGAUUUGCUUUUAAAGGGUCUAAUUAAUGAAAUCCUCUUCAAUUGUCCACAGCAUCGCGAUUCAACGAUGUUGCUCAGUCUCCCUCAAGAGCUGCGGGACCAUAUCUUCACCCUCGUUUGCCUUGAUGCGCGCUCGGAACCACAACCAUCAACUUACCGCCGGGAAUGUCGUAGGACUUGUGAGCGACAGAGCUACUCUAUAGCACCCUUAGCUAGGGAUCGCGUUUGGUUUGAGCGGCCAUCAUUCCGAAAUCCAUUGCUUCCGUUACUGCUAGUUAACCGUCAAGUUCAUCGCGAGGCGCGAGAUGCGCUACGGCGGAUGAAUAGACCGCCAAACUAUGCCAUCGACAUUGCGUUUCUGAAAGACGGGACGCUAUGGCCGACUUGGUUGUCGGUACCGAAACUUCAGCGGUCACUAGGGAAUGUGUAUGCACAAUUUCGGAUCUUCGACGUUCCCGAGCACUUGCAACCGCAUGCAAUGGGCGACCCAUACUGCUCGGACAAACCGGGACCUCCACCAAUCGUUUGGUUAUUCUAUCACCUGCUGGCGGGGUUCCUUCGAAAUGGCCCAGUAGUUUCGGAUAGAGACAGUGAUAGCGGAGGUUUCACAGUUCAAAAUCUCAUCCUAGAUUUCUUGCCGGCUAGUGAAAAGGGCAUCCUACCUUUCGCGUCCUUCAUACAAUACUUUAAGGAAGUCGAAGAUAUGGCGGCGCCUCCGGACCUUGAGAAUGAUUGGACACUCGGCCAGGAUGAGGGUGAGAGUCUCCUUGCUGCGGAGUACCUGGCUCAUUUUGUGAGAGCGCUGCUCCUCCGAGUACUCAAUCUUGGCGUAUCGACCAUCAAGUAUGGCAAAAUCAUAUACGAAAACGUUGGCGACAUAGAAAUCAGGGUCGACGGUCGAUUAAAAUGGCACUUGGACAUUCCCAAAAUGUUCUCGAGCCUUUCGUUCGACCAUGAGAUCCAUACAUCGCAUAGGUUGAAACGUGAGCAAAUGUUUGCACACUGGAAAGAGUUGACCUUGGUAAAGCGACUGAAAGCCGGGUUUCCUACUGAAUGUACUUCUAGUUAAUGCGACAAUUAACCACCCUGUUGAAAGAUCAAUGGCUACGAUUUCUGGGACCGAAGUGAAAGUAAAGGGGCCACCAUGUAAAAAUUCUGAUCCACAUACUCAUACUAACCCCUCUUCGUCAAAUAAGUAGGUGCCUAUGCUUUACGUUACCGCGCGUACCUUCAAUAUCACCGUCAUCGCUAGACGUCUAUGAGGAGCGCAAACUGAUCCAAUAGUAUGAGUCUUCUUUUUCUAUCGCAAGAUUAAGUCGGACGCGGGUGCUGAGGCACUUGCAACAAUCCAAUCAGCACGCGGAGUUCCAUCCAUCGG